CUUCAACCAAGCCACCAACAACUCACCAUGAAUCCCCUGGAAACACCCAAUCUCAUGAAUGUCAAGGGCCGUGUCGCCCUGGUCACCGGCGGCAGCAGCGGGAUUGGUCGAAUGAUCGCCCAAGGACUCGUCUCCAACGGCGCCAAAGUCUACAUCGUCGCCCUCCCAAGCGACCCCAUCGCCGAAACUGUAGCUGAGCUGAAUGCUGCCGGCCCGGGGAGCGCAGAAGGCUACCCCUGCGACCUCACCUCCAAAUCCUCCAUCGCGGCCCUCGCUCAAACUAUCACUACCCUCGAACCCCACCUCGACAUUCUCAUCUCCAAUGCCGGAAUCCGCCGCGACCCCCCGAUCGCCUGCAAUGUCCUCACCGCAUCCCUCCCCGACCUCCAAGCCUCUCUUUGGUCCAGCCCCGAAUCCGACUGGGCAGAAACCUUCCAGGUCAACACCACCGCGCACUACUUCCUCACCGUGGCGCUUCUUCCCCUCCUCGUCGCCGCCGCGAACCAGCCCCUCGAUAAUGGACAACUGGGUCGGGAUGACGGAAGGGGUGUGGUACUGCUGACAAGCUCUUGUGCGAGUAUGCAUAACGCCUCGAAUGUGGAUAUGAUGAGCUAUGCUACCAGCAAAGCGGCCACGGACCAUCUGGUGAGAUUGUUGGCGGUUAAGGUGGCGAGGUUUGGGGUUAGAGUCUUGGGGAUUAAUCCCGGUUUCUUUCCGAGUCGCAUGAAUCCUAUGGGUGGAAAAGGGGAUAUCUUUAAAGGGCUGGUCGAAAAGGUCCCCGCUGGUCGGGCGGGGCGGGCCGAGGAUAUCGUUGGGGUGGUGGUGUUUUUGGUUAGUAAGGCUGGGGUAAGUGGUGUCUCGUGGUUUUUCAACGAUGGCUGAACUUUGGGGGAGAUUUUGACUGCCAUUGUUGUUUAGGCGUAUGUGGACGGGACGUCGAUCUGUGUGGAUGGGGGAAGGGUUUUAUUGGCAAAUGGGCAGGAAUAAUGGGGAGGGGAAGGGUGGAUUGGUAGUAUAUUUGGAUUGUU